AUGGUCGAAAAUGCCGGGGCUAUCGCGGGUAUUGUGAGUGCUGUUCUCGAUGUUGGCAAGUGUUAUGUCCUGUUCAACCACAAGAGCAACUUAAGAAAUCUCGAAACAGAAGUUGGGAAGCUGAAGCUUGCAAGAGGUAAAGUGAAGGGUAUGGUUGAGUUGCUAGAAACAAAGCGGAAAAGAUUGAAGAGACUGUUGAAUGUGGUAAGUGAUGUAGACUCCAUCGUUCCUGAAGCAGAGACGUUGAUUAACGGGAGAGCAAACGUCCGAUGUUUCAACUUGGGAGCCCGUUACAAACUGCGCAGGAAAGCAUCGAGAAAGGUGGAGGAUAUUUCUCAACUCCUGAAGCAACAAGAAGCAUUCGGCGAUCGGGUUUCCCGCCCUAUCAUUCAUGAAGAUACGAGGCUUAUAUUGAAUAAAGACUACUUGGCCUUUCAAUCACGAUCGUCCACUUUGGAGGAUGUAUUGAAGGCAUUAAAAGAGGCCGAGGUGGACAUUAUUGGGGUUCAUGGGAUGGGUGGCAUCGGUAAGACCACCCUGGUCAAAGAAGUUGUAAGGCAGGCGAAGGCAGACAAGCGAUUUGAUAAGGUGAUUUUUGUAGAGGUAACUGACACUCCGAACAUAGAAAAGAUACGAGAAGAAAUUGCAGAUAACUUAGAUUUGGAAUUGGAUGAUAAGAAGACUGAAACUGGAAAAGCAAAUAAGUUAUUUGCACGAUUGAAGGAGGUGAAGACAAUCCUAAUAAUUUUAGAUAAUAUUUGGGAUGAGCUUGAUCUGGAGAAACUAGGAAUUCCUGUUGGCGAAAAUCAUAAGGGAUGUAAACUAUUGUUGACAGCAAGGGAUCGAAACGUGUUGGACAGGAUGGGUUCAAAGUCUUUCUCGAUUGACGUUUUGAAGGAAGAUGAAGCUUGGAACUUGUUCAGAAAGAUGACAGGUGAAGUUGUUGAUAUGCGUGAGUUGCAAUCUCUGCCGAAUGAUGUGUGCAAGGAAUGUGGUGGUCUACCUAUUGCCAUUGUUACCGUAGCAAGGGCAUUAAAGAGCAAGAGACAACUAUCUCAAUGGAGGAAGGCCUUACAAGAAUUGAGAAGUCCUUCCCCAACAGAGUUCAAAGGAGUGCUGAAAGAGGCAUAUUCAAAGAUAGCAUUGAGUUACAAUUAUUUACAAGGUGAGGAACACAAGAAAGUUUUUUUGCUAUGUAGUAUAAUGACAUAUGAUGCUUCCAUUUCAAAUUUGUUCAAAUUCGUUAUGGGUUUGAAUAUACUUGAAGGAAAUAAUCUUAAAAUAGAAGAAGCUCGAGAUAGACUAGAUGCGCUUCUCCAUGAACUCAAAGAAUCUUGUUUAUUACUUGAUUGUUCUUCAAGUGAACGAUUUUCUAUGCAUGAUGUUGUUAGGGAUAUUGCUAUAACAAUUUCAUAUAAAGACCAUCAUGUACUUACGGAGAGAAAUGAUGUUGAAGAUGAAUGGAAAAAUGUGGAUAUACUCAAAAAGUGCACCACAAUCUCCUUAGCUAGAAGUGAUAUUAUUAGUAAACAUUGGGCUGAAGGUUUAGAAUGUCCAGAACUUGAAUUUUUCUAUAUGAAGUAUUCUUCUUUCAAAUUUCCAGAGAGAUUUUUCUCAGGGAUGGCAAAGCUCAAAGUUUUAAGUUUGAAUUUUCUUCCAUCACCAAUUAUUCUUCCAAUAGGCCUUCAAACAUUGUGUUUGGAUAGUAGCGAAAUUGAAGAAGUUGCUAUUAUAGGGGAGUUGAAGAAACUAAAGAUCCUUAGCUUGAGAUAUUGUUAUAAUAUUAAGCAAUUGCCUGGAGAAAUAAGUCAAUUAAUUCAACUAAGGUUCUUAGAUUUAAGCAACUGUGCGAAUCUUCAUGUUAUCACAGCAGAUGUCAUAUCAAGCUUAGUCCUAUUGGAAGAAUUAUACAUGAGAGGAUGCCCUGUUCUAUGGGCAGUCGGAGGACCCAAUGUUGAAAGAAAUAAUGCUAGUCUUGAGGAGUUGCUUCAUUUGUCUUGUCUCACCGCUCUGGAAAUAGAUAUUGAAGAUGAGAAGAUUUUGCCUAAAGGCUUUUUCUCAAAAAAGUUGGAAAGAUACAGUAUAUCAGUUGGAGAUGCGUGUCAUUGUGAUAUUGAGUUUAUUGAAAACAAGCGUUCAAGAAGAAUCAAAAUGAAGCUUAAUUCUUCCAUUUGCUUGGAGGAAUUGCAAGGGAUCAAGAAUGUUGAAUCCUUAUGUUUAGAUAAAUUGCAAAAUAUCAAGAAUGGUCUUCAAGAAUUAGACAAUGAUGGUUUUUCACAAUUGAAAUAUCUCCAUGUGAAAGGUUGUGAUAAAUUGACAAUUCCUCUUUCUCUUCCCCUUUUUCCACUGCCAAUUCUUCCACAACUCAAGGACUUAAAGUGGAAGAUUGCAAGAAUGUGA